GCUUGUUACGCUACCUGAGGAGUGAUACAUCAUGAGGUCCAACCACAACAGGUGCCGGCCACCGGACUUCUAUGACCGGGCGUACCUGGGCCGACCGCCGCUGUCCCGGCCCCAACAUCCGGGCCACCUGCAGUCCCAUCACCACCAUCUGCAACACCACCCGCAGGGCCACCACCAGCAGCUCCAGCAUCCGGGCAGCAUCUCGUCCAGCGGCACGUCCGGUUCUUCCAGCAGUGUGCAUAGCGGCCCCAGCGGAGCUUACAGGGCGCACGUUCCCCUCGUCAAGCAGGGAGGUCCCGGUUCCAACAGCGCCCGAGCCAGAAGACGGAGGAUGAAGUGCCUUAUUUCGCUGGGACUCAUCCUGCCCGCCCUCGCCGGAGUCAUCGGUGAGUCGGAAAAUCCUUACGUCUUGGAGGUGCGGAGAUUUUUGGAGCACGCUGCAACGAGGAAAGAUUCUAUGGGAGUCGUCAAAAUCGAACGAGAUAAAGGCGACAAAGUUAAGUUACCUUAG